UGUUCACAGCUUGCCACACACCCUCCACUGUCUCACCUUGUUGUGAAGAACGGCCUGGGUACGGUUUAUCAAACUCCGGGUGAUCCGUCAUGAAGAAGCUGGUGUUGUUGCUGCUGCUGCCAGGAGUGAUGGUCUUCUGUCUGUGCAUGCUUGUUGCAGCGGACACACAAUCUCAUCCACAGGGAGACAAAACAUUUCCAGAGACGGAAGGAAUUUUACAACUUGGGAAGGGAAACUUCAACAGGGCUCUGAAAAAACACAAGCAGCUUUUGGUGCACUUCUAUACUCCGCUGACAUCAGAAGGUCAUCGUGUGGCAGCCGCAUUCGAAUCCGCUGCUGCAGAGCUUCAGGGGUCGGAGGUCAAACUGGCAGUCAUUGAUGUGAAAAAGGAAAAAGACUUGGUGAAAAAGCUUAAUGUGACCGGCCAGCCCACAAUCAGACUCUACCUCUCUGGAGACAUAAACAACCCAGCUCUCUGCCCUGUUCCUCAGAGCUCAGCUUCCAUCUUGAUCUGGCUGCAAAGGAGGGCGGGGUCACCUGCUGACCUCAUCGUGGAUCUCAACCAAUUAGAAGCCACAGAGGAGCUAACAGUGGUUGGUUUCUUCAAGGAGCUGAACCAUGAGUACGUCCAAGUGUUUUACGCUGCAGCCAUCGACCUUCCUGACAUCCGCUUCGUUGUGAUGCAGAGCGAUGAACUCAUCAACAAAUACAGUGCCACUCAGGAUGUUCUGCUGCUCAGAAAAUCUCAGCGCAUUCAGGCUUACAAAAUGAAGCCAGAAACAUCUAAAGAGGACCUGAUCGUUUUUAUCUCCAUCUACCAGAUGGAUCCAGUCACUGAAUACAAUGGGCAGACAGCCUCCCAGAUCCUUGGUUCACCGGUGUUAAACCACGCUCUGCUCUUUGUCAACAAAAGCUCUGACGACUUUCAAGAGAUUUUCUCUGCUUUCCACAGCACUGCAGAGGCAUUCAGGAUGAAGAUUCUGUUUGUCUUGGUGAACGUGGAAGAACACCGUAACGGCAGACUCAUGGAGUACUUCCGGGUCCGACACUUUGAAGCUCCUCACAUCCGUCUGGUGAACCUGACAGAUCACAUGACCUACCAUUUGCCAUCUGAGACCCUGGAUGUGGAGAUCAUAAAACAGUUCUGCCAUUCAUACCUCGAAGGCAAGGCUAAGCCCAAGUUGCAGAGUGAGCCCAUUCCCGAAGGAUGGGAUGAGAAGCCCGUUAAGGAGCUGGUGGGAAUGAAUCUGGAGAAAGUAGCAUUUAACCCCAACAAGACUGUUUUUGUCUUGUUUUAUGUUUCGUACAGUGAAAAGUCCCGCUCUAUGUUUCCGCUGUGGGAGGAGCUAGCUGAGGCCCUCAAGGAUCGGGAGGAUGUGGUCGUCACUCGGAUCGACGCUUCGGCCAACGACAUCAACAUGUCAAUGCAGGGGUCCUACCCAUCACUCUGCCUGUUUCCUGCUCUGUAUGCUGAGAGGGUGGUGGUUUACACUGGGAAAAGGAAGAUAAAAGACUUGGUUAAGUUUGUUGAUAAAGAGAUGAAAAAAGCCAAGAAAGACAGAGUUAAGGAGGAUGAAGACAGGAGGAAAUACAUUGAGGCCAUGAAAGAAGAAGAAGCAAAAGAAAACAAAUCCAAAGAUGAGCUUUGAUGCAACAAACCAAAAUGUCUGUAUGUCAUUCGGCUUUAAAUCAAUUUUUUAACAAGGGUUUGGUUUCUUUGAUUGAACUGCAGUGCUAUGAAUACGUAUUUUUCUUUGUUGUCACCUUUCCUUUUGUCCAUCAAACUAUUUUCAUAUAAUCAUACAUUUCACUACUUUUUAACGAUAUCGCCAUAUGAAAAAAAGUUAAAGCAUUAAUGAACUACAAUUAAACACGUUUUUGACUCAAUGUGACCAGCCACACACGAGCCUUUUUACUGCCAGACCUGUAAAAUGAAGAAACCAUUUAAAUAGAACCUGUCGGACAAGAUGAAGUAGGCUAAAAGACCUCAAAAUCAACACAUGACGGGCUGAUUGAAGGACAGAUGGGUGGCAUUAUUUUCACAUAAGCCCAGGUUGGUUUGGAUCCCUUGAUAAAUGAAACCAUUGUUUAAAAAAUACAUCCUGUAUUAACUCAGGUUAUCUUAUAAAAACUGCUUGAUGGACUGAAACAUUUUAGUGUGACAAAACAACAGAGAAAAUCUGUAAGGGGGCAAAUACUUUUUCUUAGCACUAUUAGGUGUCAAACAAACCUGCAGAUGUAAUCAAAUACAGACUUUAGCUAUUGAACUCUGACAGCCAUAAGCCUUUACAGCUUAUCUAAAAUAGACAACCUGUCUUUGUCAUUGCUUUUCCUCUCUUUUUUAUGUUUAAUAAAUUCCCAAAAAUAAAAUGAUAUGGCACAAAUUAA